AUGAUGCCUGAAGGACUGAUAUGGGCGCUCGAAUGGCUAACGCAGUCGACAAGGUUCGGUAGUCACUCAGUUUCAGCACCGACGCGGUGGUCCGGUCCCGCGGUUCCGUCCACCUGGAGGAGCCACGCUGCUCGUGCCCGUCCUCUCGGCUGGACAGUUAACAAAAGACAGUCACAGUCCACACGUGCUGACAGAGGUCGUCAGGCUCUCUUUCGUCUCAUGUGGUUAUGGUUUUCGUCUUCCGGUUUCCGACUCGACCUCACCCCUGCCCCUCCCUCCCCUCUCUUCCAAACAACCGUCCGUGAGCGACUGGUUCGAGAUGGCAACCAGUCCCAUCUGCGGGUCGGUGUGUUGGCUGCUAUCGACGGCAUAUCCCCUGGCAUUCCGUGA